AUGUUUGUGCGUUCGGCUUCUGAUGUCUCAAUUUGUUUGAGAUGUCAAGUCCGACUGGCCAGCGGCCGCACGACUACUGCCCUUCAGCGCCAAUGGACCCCAAACAUUGUUCAAGCUACCCGGCUUUCCUCUACUGAUGCGGCGCCAGAACAACCGCCUCCAAGGAGGUCAUCGCGAAGCUAUAGACCAUACAGAACAUUCUAUCCCGGCGGAGGAGUGAGGAGGCAUCGCGGCGGUAGUGUUCGCGAAGCGUCGGCCCCUUUAGAAAUCGAUUCGUUAGGGAAGCCCUCCGAGGUUAUCAUUUUUCGAGACGCAAAACUAGGUCCCCGGAGGAAACGACCGUUCUCUGUUGAAAGUGACGAAAAAUAUCUCUCGGGGACAGAUUUACUGGAUUCAAUCGAAGCGGAGAGGGGAUUAGUAGGCGAAGAUGGAGUCAGACGAAAUAUCGAGAGAAAUCGUCCUCCAACAUCUUCACGUCUUAUCCCGAAAACGACAUUUAACGAAAUCCUGAAAAGCCUACAAGAUGGGUUUACGUCAAGUCAGUUACUACAAUAUAUCAACCUCUUUCCACCGCCACUCGAUGAGACUCAGUCCGAGGGUGUCCGAGACAAGGAGAAGCCGGAAAAGAAAGAGGAGGCGCGAACCAAAAUCCUGGAAAUGUCUAAUUGGACUCUCGGCGAAAGACCGUUUCUGAGUUAUCCUUUCGAUAUUCCUACGGCUAGCGAUGACUCUAAAACUAAAGCCGCGCUGGCAACGCGAAUCCUUCGCAAGCUAUGGAAAGUGGAGAUCCGGGAAGAGAUCGAAUCUAUAGGGGAACUCUAUCUGCGACUACAGUCUUCGGAUCUGGCAAUGCUUCUGGGAGAACGUCGAGGCUACCUAAAGAAGUUUGCUGAAAGGAGAAACGCAAAGAUCGACGUAUCGCGCUCCGGUGGGCUCCUUCGAGUGACAGCAGACAAAGAAAAUUCCCUGCUUGUAGCUCGAGAUAUUGAGACGACGCUGAAGAGAGUUCGCCAAAUGGAGCUCGAUCUCACUCCCUUGCAGUCGGUCCUCAAAAAGGACGAACCACUUGGGUAUCACACCUUUUCUGAGUUAACAAAGAAAAUGGUCAGCGAGAUUACUGGAACUUUGAUCGAAGAUGUUCCAGGCACACAAAAGCUCGAUAUCUACUAUUUCGAUUCCAACGCGAACGACGCAGAUGACGCAAGACGGCUUCUUCUAUCAUCGGUACAAUCUGAUUUGAAUUGUCAGCAGCAGCUUUUGUGGCAUGGAAAGCAUGAGCGAUUGCGCGGCAUUCUAGUGCCCGAACCACCGCACGUGAAUUUGCCUUGGAAUGAUCGACAGAAAGUCUGGUCGAGAUGGAGCUAUGCAACUACGAAGGAAGAACCGGCCGCGGAAACGCAGGAUGCGCAGACCCGACCACCUGGAGAAGAUUUGAUCCCAGAGACGAUCGUUUCUAAGCUCGAAAAGACUCAUGCGAGUGCACCUAUACCUAUAGGAUCACAAACCCCUGAGAAUGCCGACAUCAAGUUUGAUGACACAUUAACUGAAUCCUUUGAACAAUCAAAGACCGGUCAAAAUGCGACACAGCAAGAAAACUCGUUUUCGAUUGCUAGAUGGGAGAGCCAGAUUACUCGAGAGACAUUUGCUCUUAUUGGAAAGAUUAUCCAUGAAACUCCAAGAUUAAUUGACCCUCAACCAUGCCCGGCAGAGAAAAUAUCAGAGACUGGUAGCGCACGCAGACCGCUUUCAGGCUCUUUCUUGGCCACCCAGAAUCUCCUACAAGAGCUUAACGUAGGCAUCCCACUUACGGCAGAAUUUAUCAAGAUUCGCCUCAUUCCCUCGCCAUGGUCUGAGCGAGGUGGAAAUCUCUUCCAAAACAUCCCGUCCAUCGAGAUCGUGCUUUCCAUUCCAGUCACGACAGAGCAGCCUCAAGUUCAGAGCAUCAGGGCUAUAAUAGGAGAACGGGUCUCAGACCUUCUGCUGCCACAGCGGCCGGGAGAUGCUCGAUUCAUUACCAGAUCAUAUGUUGAACUGGCAAAUCCUGGAACCGACAAGCAGUUUCAAAGGUUCCUCAAUGAAAGCUCUCUCAAUAUUAGGGGCAAAGAACGGCUCCGCACGCCCUCAGCAUUAACAGUCUCUCUUCCAAACUGGCUGAUUCAAGACACCAACAGCGAGAAACGUUCAGAACCGGCGAGCACUCAGCAGACUGAGGUAGAUUAUUUAUUUGGUGGACUAGACUACAGGGAGUCCAUUCACUUCCCAUUUGAAGGCUGGAAUGCAUCGUAUACUAGCAUUGAGGCCGGGAAGUUCGGCGGUCGACGCGGGGAGUUAAGACUCUCAAUGGAAAAGAGUUCCGAUAUUCCCAGUGUUACGGAUGCCGUAGAGCAAGAGCACACUGAUAUUUCUGCUUCAGCGGAUCAGCCGGAGGCCACCGCAGUACCAGCUUUUGAAAAAGGCGCACAAGUUGUUCAGAAUGAUACCCAUAUAGACUUUGGAAGAUUUGUCCAAGCAGCCUACUCCGCUGUCAUCCUCUUUGACAAGGACUACAAGUAUGAAGACCGACAGCCUGACACACAACAUUUGUCACAGUCUGCCAAUGGUACCGACGAAGAAAUGGCAGAGAAUAAGGAAGCACAUCAUGAUGCUCAAAUGGCUUCACCAACGGCUUAAUCUGCCAAGGCAUAUAGUAGGCAGGCCGGACUGAGCUGAACUUCACGCUAUAUUUCGGCUUCAAUCUCCAAUCAGAUUAGAUAG